AUGGAGGAGGCGGGUGCCGGCGCCGAGGACCCGGCGGUCGAGGCCGCGGUGCGGCGCCUCGCCGCUUCGGUCGAGGCCGAGAGGGAGCGGCUGCGCGCCGCCGGGCGGCGCGGCGCGGAGGAGGCCGCGAGGCUGGCCGCGGAGCUGGGGCAGCUGCGCGCCCGCGCGGAGGAGAGCUGCCGAGCCGAGCGCGCGAAGAUCGAGGAGGAGUGGGCGAGGCUCUGGGCCCUGCAGCAGCAGAUGACGGUGCCACGGGCGUCCGCGGGCGCCGGGGUGCUGCGGAUCAGCUGCUGCGGGCGGGAGUUCUCGAUGCCCAGGGCCUUCCUUGGCAGCGUCGAGGGGAGCUACCUGAAUCACAUGUUCAGCGACGCCUUCAUCCAUUCCAUCCCGCGGGACAGCGAAGGCAGGCUUUUUCUGGACUUCAACCCGGACUGCUUCGCCUUCAUCGUGGACUGGCUGUCGAGGCGCCAGGGGCGCUCCGACGCCCCGUUUCCACCGGUGCCGCCGGAACAGCAGCUGGGCGUGGACACGCUGUUGGAGGCCCUCCACCUCAUGCCCUUCGUGGGGGCCAACCGCGUCUCGCCCACGCACGGCACCUCCCUGGCGGUGCUGGGCAGCGACGUGAGGGCGACGCUGGACGGCUGGCAGGUGGUCGCCGCCGAGCGGCCGCUGGGCCCCCUCGGCGCCUCGCGCUUCGAGGUGCACGUGGCCGCGAACACCGACUCCGAGCAGGGCGGCCUCGCCGUGGGCGUCUGCGGCCGCGUGCCGGUGGGCGCCGAGACCUGCUCCCUCCACCUGCAGCACGCGGUGCUCUACGUCAGCGGCAACGGGCCCGUUGGCUCCGCAUUGGCAGGGCACAACGUCCAGAAGGGCAUCCGGCUGGCGGAGGGAGAUGUCCUCGGCGUGAAGUACGACUUCGGCACCCGCACCGUGCAGUGGUAUUACAAUCGCGCGUUCGUGGGGACUUCCUCCAUCAAGGCGGAGAGCCAGGAGCACAUGCUCGCGCUCUACCCCGUGCUCGCGCUGCGCUGCCGUGGCCAGCACGUCCGGGCGGAGUUCGGCGGCGUGCCCGCGAAGGGGCCCCCGCAGGACGACCGCGGCCGGCCGUAG